UUUUACCCAUUUUACGUUUCCUCUUUUUAUUUUAUUUUCACUGCUAUUUCGCCUCAUUGCCUUUCAAAGUUUGUUUUUUUACUAUUCUUCUUCUCCUCCCUCCUCUUUUUGUUCUAUGGGAGAAGAAGUUUUUUGAGAUUAUUCAAUCAUGGGAAACUGCUGCAGAAAACCAGCCAAGUGCGCUCAUGCUUCUUCUACUAAUUUUUCUUCUGGAAGAAAAAAGUCUCAUAAUAAUGAGUUGAAGCAGGAUUCUACCUCUUCUUACCUGCAAGCAUCAUGGGGAAGCUUCAACAACUCUUUGAUAACAAGCAAGGUUGAUACAUCUGUUCCCAGCAAUCUCAAGUCAUUUAGCUUUAGUGAACUAAAGAACGCCACCAAGAACUUUCGUUCAGAAACAUUUCUUGGAGAGGGUGGCUUUGGGUGCGUUUUCAAAGGAUGGCUUGAUGAGAAUACCUUAGCUCCUACUAAACCAGGAACUGGGAUUGUUGUGGCAGUAAAGAGGCUCAAGGCAGAAAGCUUUCAGGGCCAUAAGGAGUGGCUUGCAGAAGUGAACUAUCUGGGACAGCUUCGUCAUGGAAAUCUAGUGAAGCUUAUUGGAUAUUGUGCAGAAUCUGAGAAUAGACUUCUAGUUUAUGAGUUUAUGCCCAAGGGAAGCUUGGAGUGUCAUUUAUUCAGAAAAAGGGAUCUACCUCUUCCGUGGGCUACACGGAUGCGCAUUGCCAUUGAUGUAGCAAGGGGAUUGUCCUUCUUACAUGGGUUAAAUGCCAAUGUUAUCUACCGUGAUUUGAAGGCGUCCAAUAUUCUACUUGAUUCAGAUUUUAAUGCGAAGCUUUCAGAUUUUGGCCUUGCAAGAGAUGGACCUACUGGAGAUAAUACUCAUGUUUCAACGAGAGUGGUGGGAACUAGGGGUUAUGCUGCGCCAGAAUAUGUAGCCACAGGUCACUUGACUCCAAAGAGCGAUGUGUAUAGCUUUGGUGUUGUCUUGCUAGAAUUACUAUCAGGAAGAAGAGCAAUGGACGAUGAGAGGGCUAACUUCGUCGAAGAAACUCUGGUCGAUUGGGCGAAACCUUUCCUGAGUGACCCCAGGCGAGUUUUAAGAAUCAUGGACACUAGAUUGGGUGGUCAGUACUCCAAGAAAGGAGCCCAAGCUGCAGCUGCACUUGCAUUACAAUGCCUGCACACAGAUCCCAAAAAUAGGCCAUCAAUGACCGAGGUCCUAACGGCAUUAGAAAAAAACAUAUCAAAGGAUGUCCCAACAUCACCCUCUCCAACUAAUCUGGAUAAUCACAGGAUCAAGCAACUGAAUAGUCCUCGCAGGACCAAUACAGCAAUUACAAACUUGACAUGACCUGCAUUUUCCCUUGUGUUCUGGGGAACCAUAGUGCUCUUGAAGCUAGUACAUGUAAAGCUUCUCAGCUUUGCAGACCAUGCAAAAACCAAAUUUUGCAGCAAAAAAAUCAAUGUUUGUAUAUAGUCUCCCAGUUGUGGGAGAAUGUUAUUUUGGAAAUGGCAUGUAUAUGAAUCUUGUGGGGGGCUCUUUUUACAAGUUUUGCUUGUUAGGGACUAGGAGGAUUAUGUUGUCAAACAAAAUAAUUGGAUGGUUAUUUUAGGCUCAGUACUCACCGUUUUUGGAAUAAAAGUAGAAGUUACACAAUUUUGUUUUA